AUGUACACAUUUAUCAUUUACACAAAAUUAAACAAAGGCACUAUCGAUGCAAUGAUACGUAUAAAACUACAUAAACUCAAAACAACCCGGAGUCAAACACGUAGAAAAAUACUGGUGACGAUACCUAUGACAGAGCCAGUGGCUCUACCGGUGCCCCUGGGCAACUUUAUUAACCAGGAAUACAGCGGCUUUAUAUCGCUGGGAACUCCGCCGCAACCAUUCAGCGUAAUGUUUCAAACGGGAACCUCCAACCUAAUGGUGCAUUCUGUCCGGUGCCAGUCGUGCGCCUGUAAAGUACACAGCACUUAUAAUUCAUCAAGAUCAACAACCUAUAUUAAAAACGGUACCGCGUUUUCAAUCCAAUACAUAUACGGCAGUGCCAGCGGUUACCUCAGCACCGAUACCCUCACCAUUGGUGGAGUCAAAGUAGUCAAUCAGACGUUCGCAGAGGCCCUGUCUGUGCCGGGAAUACAGUUUGUUUACGGCGCGAGUGGUAUACUAGGGCUGGGAUUCCCGCAGUCGGCUGUGGACGGAGUGACUCCAAUGUUUCAAAACAUGAUAGCACAGGGAGUGGUGUCGGCGCCGGUCUUCUCCUUCUACCUGAACCGAGACGUGAAGUCACAGAUCGGCGGAGAGUUGACUCUCGGCGGCUCAGAUCCCACCCAUUAUACCGGGAGUUUGACGUACGCGCCGGUGACUACUGGGGCCGGCUAUUGGCGUUCGGGUAGGCAUAAUAUUAUGCUGUAUAUCAACUUUAUACUAGGGCUGGGAUUCCCGCAGUCGGCUGUCGACGGAGUUGUGCCCCUCUUUAACAAUAUGAUAGCACAGGGAGUGGUGUCGGCGCCGGUCUUCUCCUUCUAUCUGAACCGAGACGUGAGGGCACAGACCGGCGGAGAGUUGACUCUCGGCGGCUCAGAUCCCACCCAUUAUACCGGGAGUUUGACGUACGCGCCGGUGACUACUGGGGCCGGCUAUUGGCAAAUAACUGUAGAUAGCGUUAGGGUAGGCAGUGGUGGCGCCGGUCGACCGGGCAGUGAGUUUUGCCUAAACGGCUGUCAGGCUAUAGUAGACACCGGGAGCUCAUUCAUAGUCGGGCCCACACAUGAGAUUACGGCGAUUAACGCACUGCUCGGCGCCAAUACAAGCAUCGGUUACGGCGAGUAUACACUGGAUUGCGAUCGCGUGUAUAGUUUGCCAGUAAUUACGGUAACCAUCGGUCGGAAACCGUUUCCCCUAAAGCCGUCCCAAUAUAUCGUACAAAUGACGGGACCGGACGGCGAAACCCUGUGUUUGUCCGGUUUCGCCACCGGAGGCGCUGACCCCACAUGGGUUUUAGGCGAUGUGUUUAUUGGUGUGUAUUAUACUGUGUUUGAUUAUGGUCAUAAACGUAUUGGCUUUGCGCCCAGCGUUCAAACUAUAAUACAAGGAUAUAAUUAA